GUUGGCAGCAGAAAGGGGUUCGGGCGUGGGGGGCGGGGGAACGUGGAGCGAUGGCCCGCGCCGGCCGCAGGGCUGGAUAAAAGCCGUCGCGCCGCGGGUGUAGGAGGGAGGGAGGUGAGGGCGCCACGAGAGUAUGACGGGGCUGUACGAGUUGGUGUGGCGGGUGCUGCACGCUCUGCUCUGUCUGCACCGCACGCUCACCUCCUGGCUCCGCGUUCGGUUCGGCACCUGGAACUGGAUCUGGCGGCGCUGCUGCCGCGCCGCCUCCGCCGCGGUCCUAGCGCCGCUCGGCUUCACGCUCCGCAAGCCCCCGGCUGCCGGCAGGAACCGCCGUCACCACCAGCACCCGCGCGGGAGGCCGGGCCUGACCGCCUCCCACCUCCGGCUCCGCUGGCGCGCGGACGGCCGUUCCCUGGAGAAGCUGCCAGUGCAUAUGGGCUUGGUGGUCACCGAAGAGGAGCAGGAGCCCAGCUUCUCGGACAUCGCGAGCCUCGUGGUGUGGUGUAUGGCUGUGGGCAUCUCCUACAUUAGCGUCUACGACCACCAAGGUAUUUUCAAAAGAAAUAAUUCCAGAUUGAUGGAUGAAAUUUUAAAACAACAGCAGGAACUUCUGGGCUUAGAUUGUUCAAAAUACUCACCAGAGUUUGCAAAUAGUAAUGACAAAGAUGAUCAAGUUUUAAAUUGCCGAUCAGCAGUGAAGGUGCUCUCCCCAGAAGAUGGAAAAGCAGAUAUUGUGAGAGCUGCUCAGGACUUUUGCCAAUUAGUAGCCCAGCAGCAAAAGAGAUCCACAGAUUUGGAUGUAGACAUGUUCGACCGUUUACUUAGUUCAACUGGCUUUCCUGAUCCUGAUUUAGUAUUGAAGUUUGGUCCUGUGGACAGCACGUUAGGCUUUCUUCCCUGGCACAUCAGAUUGACUGAGAUUAUCUCUUUGCCUUCCCAUCUGAACAUCAGUUAUGAGGACUUUUUCUCUGCCCUUCGUCAAUAUGCAGCCUGUGAACAGCGUCUGGGAAAGUAGUGAUCCCUGGCUGCGUAAUUUGAUUUCAGGCUUUUAGAGAAAAGGACCCAAGUGACUCUGAUGUUUACAAAGCACCUAUGAAACCCUGUACACACCUAGUUCAUAAUCCUCAUAAUUUAUCAACAAACACAAAAAAGUGUCUUACUUGAGAGUAAGAGUAUGUGUGUGAGUGUGAGUGCGUGUGCGUGUGUGUGUGUGUGUGUAAAUAAAUUUAUAAAUGGGGAAGUAUUGGAGAAGGAAGACGUAGACCUGCAGUUUGAGCAAAUAGCCUCAGUGUUUUAGGAGCUGGAAUUUCAGAUUUAAAGGUUUCAACCUCCACUACUUCCCCAUUUUUGUGGGGAGCAGAGGGGGUGACUAAAGCUAUUUGGUUGUUGUGUUGAGGGGAGGGGAAUAAUUUUUGUUCAGUCUUUCCUAGUGACCAAACUUAAUUUUUAAGAAUAAUAUAUUGACUUAUUAAAUGGAACUGUUUUGAGCUUGAGGAAUCUCCAGAAGAGUGGAGUUCUGUGUUGGUCACAUGUUAAAAGCGCUUGCUCAGCUUUGGAGCAGAGGGCAUACGUACUUCAGAUAUCCGUCCAUUUUCAUCUCAUUGUAGUUGAACAGUGUGACUUCUGAGGGUUGCUCUGGUGUCUGUGUUCUGGGUUGUGAAGAUCAUCUGAAAAAGAACCCUCACUACAUUGAAAUGCAAAAUUUUAAAAAUCUAUAUACUGUAUUAGAAAGUAAAAAAUUGAAAAAGUUAUAAUCUUAAAAGUAAAGUUGGAAAAUUUCCUAAAAUAGGGAAGAAAGUAAUUUCCUUUUUCAUUUGGUGGGCAGUGUGUGCCCAAAGUUGGUUUAAAAAAUAUUUCCAUUAACUAUUUUUAUUUAAAAUAAGCAUUUGAAGGUGCUCGCUUCGGCAGCACAUAUACUAAAAUAAGCAUUUGAGGGAAGUUAUCAGGGCAGCUCUUUUCUUUAAAAGUAGUAACCUGUUCCUCUUUGGAAUAGCACAUUUCGGGCUGUGUUAGUACCCAGGAUUUUUACUCAUUUUACUCUAAAUCCUGAUGGUGACUUUGCCUAAAAGAACUUUAAGUAAGAUUGAGGUCUGUGUGGGUAAUAAAAGAUUACCAAAGUCCACAAAAGUAAUUUAAAUUAAUUUUACAUGUUCUCUUUCAUGACAGAGAAUAGCACUGAUUCUGUUAUUUUUUAAAUGAAUAAGUGAUUUUUUGAUAGGUGUUUAAUAUUUCUUCCCUCACUACUGAUCCUUGGAUAGAAACCAGUCUUUAUAUUUGAUGGACUGCUUUCAGUAAAAUCUUAAGUGUACAAUAGUUGUCUAAAACUGUACAUUUGGAAUGGAGCAGCUUAAAUACUAGGUCUCAGAAGUCUGAAAAAUAGCAAAGAAGACUGGGUUUGGAAAGCAAGAUCUGAAGUUGCUUGUCAUAUUCUGAAGCUAUGAAGAAUAAUUGUUUCCACUUUGGAUUACAAAACCCCAUUUAUGAUUUUAAAAAUUACACUUGAAAUAAAAUGAUUAAACUAAAUUUUGGUCCAGUGACAUUACUUUGCACUUCAUAGUCCUUUGUACAUUUUAAGACUUUUUUUUUAAGUCUUAAUUUAUUGCUGAAAGUUUUUAUGUGAAACUGUAGCCUAUCUCUGAACUUUACUAGACAAUAUCUGAUUUCUGUCCCACUGUACUGUGAUCCAUGUUCUAUUGAGGCUUUUUUGCCUUAGUUUGAGACUGAAUUUAUGUCCUUUAUAAACACGAUAUGUGUCUUUUGUAAACAUUCUGGAAAAUGUAUGGCUUUAAUGGAUUAAAUUUAAUGGGCCUGAUUGAAGGGAAGAGAUUUAUUUGUUAAAAUGAAGUUAGUUAAAAAAAAAAAAAAAAAAAAAAUUACCCACUGGGAUAUAGCCAAAGCUGCUAAAAGUUUAAUGGUUGAGUCUUUGUACUUUCCUCUUUCCAUUUCAUAACAGUGUAGUAUUUAGUAUUACACAUCACAAUAAACCUAUAACCUGUUACCUGAGUCUAUUCUAGUCCUAGGAAGAGACCCUUAAAAUAAGUUGCUAAAGAUUCUGAAUUCAGAUAACAGGCAUUCCAGAUCCUUCUCCUCAGGAGUUUAAUAUUCCACAACUUGAAUGGCAUUGGUCAUUCUGUAAUUCCUGCCAAGAUCAUCACAAGUUAUGUAUCAUCAGGGCUCCCUUUCCGCUCCCAAGAAGAAUUGAUAACCUUAAAGAAAACUGUUGUUUGUCUUUGUGUGUACUCAAGGUUUUUGUCUUUACAUUGUUUCUUCUUGACACUCCCCACAAUGGAAAAAUCACAUUAAACCGACUUUAAGGAUGGCAGCUUAGAGCAUAGCAAAAACUUGGAGUGUUUGAAUUCCAUUCCCAAUUCUGGUUGUAUUUUGUUUCUUAAACCUGAUUACUGUUAUAACAAAGUUUGAAAGCUGCUUUUGAUGUGAAUAGCAAAAUUCUGGCAUAUUGGGGCUAAGGCUUAAGAAUACCUAUCUCUGAGAGGAAGGUGUUACAAUGUUAAUGAACAGUGCCAAAUACACUGUGCGUAUCUACAAUUUAAUCUUUGAAUGUAUGUUACUUGAUUAGCUCCCUCCUCCUGUGUGAUGGUACCAUGCAUAGAGUCAAAUCCUUGUGGUGUUUUGUAUGACUGUAGACUUCGGCAACAUGUAAAUAAUGUGUAAAGCAAGUUUUUAUGAUCGAGGAAUCAAAUUUAUUGAAUUUUAUUAUUGAAAGUUGAAACUUAACAUGUAUGAACAAAAACAAUAAAAGAAUAUACUCUUUUCAUGGAC